GGCGGGAGAGCUUUGUGAAACUAAUUUAACGCGGGGACGAGGGAGGCGCCCGGGCUGCUGUUACAGGUCGAAGGCUUGGGCGCAUUCCCUUUUCCCCUCUGGCCACGCUGAUAAAUCACAGUAACAGGGCAAUUCUCGUUCAGUCUGGUUUGCUGGGCGCGCUUGUUAGUGCUUCUGGUACAAGAGUAAUUCGCGAGUCGAAAGAUUUGGUGGCGUUGAAUAACUGCCUCCGUCCGCGGGCUUCUCCUACGCCACCUUGGGCUUCGCGCAGGAAUUUUAAAAUGGAUGAUGAAAUGCAAUGAAUAUUUAAUAUUUAUGCUACUUUAUUGGAGAAUACAACACACCGUAGAAUAUAAAAGCAGAAGCAGUUACUUUAUAACGUAGGACCAAAGCUUACAGUUAUUUGUCAAUGAGUCCCCCUUGAUUGAAUAUCCUGCUAUUAGUCAAUAUACCAUACCUGUAGUUUAUUUGGUGCUCUGAAUGGCUGUUGGAAAGGAAUGUACAGUCUGAUGGCCAAUUGCUGCAGCUGGCUGAAGCGGUGGCGAGAACCUGUCAGGAAGGUGACAUUGAUCAUGGUGGGUCUUGAUAAUGCUGGGAAAACUGCAACAGUAAAAGGAAUCCAAGGAGAAUCCCCUGAAGAUGUGGCUCCAACAGUUGGCUUUUCUAAAAUUGAUCUUAAACAACGAUGGUUUGAAGUAACAAUUUUUGACUUAGGAGGUGGAAAACGUAUCCGGGGCAUUUGGAAAAAUUACUACGCUGAAUCCUAUGGAGUAAUAUUUGUUGUGGAUUCAAGUGAUGUGGAAAGAAUGGAAGAGACAAAAGAAACAAUCUCAGAAGUUCUAAGACAUCCCAAGAUAUCAGGGAAACCUGUAUUGGUAUUAGCAAAUAAACAAGACAAAGAAGGUGCCUUGGCAGAAGCAGAUGUGAUUGAAUAUUUAUCUCUUGAAAAGCUUGUCAAUGAGCACAAAUGCUUCUGUCAGAUUGAGCCUUGUUCUGCUAUUGUGGGCUAUGGAAGAAAAAUUGACAAAUCGAUAAAGAAAGGUUUACUUUGGCUAUUACACACUAUAGCAAAAGAUUUUGAUGCCUUACAUGAAAGAAUUCAGAAAGACAUCACAGAACAAAAAGCCAUUGAAGAACAAGAGAAAAGAGAACGAGCAGAAAGAGUGAGGAAGAUAAGGAAAGAAAGAGAACAGAAAGAGAGAGAAGAAAGUGAACGGGAAGGAAAGAGCAUUUUGGAUGAAGAAGACUCUGAGCUUGUAACUGGAAACCCAUUUCAGCCCAUAUCAGCUGUAAUCAGUCAGAAUGAAAAGAAAAUUGAAAAAGAGAAGAAGAGGCAAAGGGAAGAGAAUGAAAAGAUUGCUAUUGCCUUGAAACCUAAAACAAAUCAGGAGAUAAUAGAUGUUCAGAGUCUGAACAGUGAGCAAUCCAACGAACAGAGACUGAUAGAAAACUAUAAAUCUGCACUAACACAACAAAUGGAACACGAAGAUGAGAAUGAUCAGCACAUCUCAGAAAGUCUUGACUCUGGUGAUAAUGCCACUUUGAAUCCAGGAACAGAAAACAGUAAAAAGAAAGCAAAGAAACUAAAAUUAAAAAGAAACCAUCGAGUUGAACCGGUCAAUACAGAGGAAAUUGUUUCCCCCCUUCCUACUCCAAUAGCAACACAUACACCAGUUGGAUGGGAAACACCAAAAGUUAACAGAAUUCGAAAACUUGACCCCCUUGGUGAAACUCAUCAUAAUGAUUUCUAUGGAAAGCCAUUGCCACCACUUGCUAUGCAUCAAAGACCUAACAGCGAUAUGCAUGGUGUCAUUUCUUAACUAGUCAUCAUUUUGCAGCUUUCAAGAGGAAUCUAAAAUAACAUUACAUUAGACAUUGCUUUCUUUUUUGAAGAGAUACCUGCUAUUCCUAUAAGUUGCUGGGCAAGGCACCAAGAUUACAUUGGGAUUCCUGGUAAGGAUGUUACUUCUAAAGGUUAACAAUUCUGCUUCCUCAAUUUACCAGCUGCUCUUCAAAGUUGACAUGGAACAAGAAAACUCACAAGCAGAAUUCUUGCAAAAGAAAUGACAACCAAACUCAACUUGGUUAUGCAUAUACAUGCUUUCAGUUUGGCUAAAUA